AUGCCACAGAGCACCACUGAACAAAACCAAGGCAAAUCCAAGAAGGAACAAACGACGAAACAAGAAGCCAACGACGAAAGAACACAGAAAACGUCAUCAACCCAAGAAUCAGCGCCAAAAGCAGCACUUCACCAUGAUUGUAUUACGACAUUGGUAGCUACGCUGAAUAUGCCUCCCUACAGUAUACUGAUCUGCAUGCUCAUCUAUGGUUGCUUGCUGUAUGCGAGUAUCCAAUGGUCGUGGAUUUAUCUACGCACUUUGCUACUAUUGUACAUGCUUCACGCGGUUCUGUUGGAUCGUACCGCGCAAGCCACCACCAAGCCAAAGUGGGUACAAAGACUACAACCAAAAUGCAACAAGAAUGUCUUUUUCCGUCUGACGGCCAAGUACUUUUCAUGCAAACUUCAUCCGACCAGCCAAAAAUUGGAUCCGGAUCAGUCCUACCUCUUUGCCUAUCAUCCGCACGGUAUUAUUGGAAUGGGAGCUAGUCUUGCACUAGCUACAGAUGCCUCUGGAUUUUCUACGACCUUUCCGGGGAUUCGGCGAUCGGGAGUAACUUUGAAUGUGGCCUUUCGUGUUCCUUUCUUCAAAGAUUGGCUGCUCAUGAAUGGAUUCUGUAGCGCCAGCAAACCUACCUUGCUGUCGCGACUACUGUCUUCUGAAUCCAUCGUCUUGGUCCCAGGUGGGGCUGCCGAAGCCUUGCAUUGCAAGCCCAAAACGAUGCGACUUACCAUACGGAAUCGUAAAGGGUUUAUCAAGCUGGCAUUGGAAACCAAGGCUGCAAUAGUUCCAUGCAUUGGUUUCGGAGAGAAUGACAUUUUCGACACAAUCUACUUGGGAGACGAAAAGAGUGGUGCCGAGAAGUCUUGGCUGAAUCCUCGAAAUUUUUUGUGGAAACUGCAGAGGACCCUAUACAAAACAUUUUCGUUCUCGACGCCACUGUGGACACAUCCGAUACCGAUUCCGCAUCCCAUUGAUGUCGUUGUUGGGGAGCCCAUUCAUUUUUCAGGCAAGAUGGAUCAACACUCGAUCGACGAAUGCCACGCACAGUACUUGAAAGCACUACAAGAUUUGUACGAUGAACACAAGGCGAAAUAUGGAUAUGAGCAUGUACCACUAGAGCUUCUGUAG